ACAAUUUUUGGCCAGUGAUGACUUGGAGCAGUCUGCUACCAAGUUUUUAACUUCCUAAGAAAUUGACUGGUGUUUUUUUUGUUAAGGCUAACCAAGCUCUUCCAUGCUUAUAUAUUGAUUGCUCUUUGACGUCCACUUCAUCCUUUCUUGCACUCAAACCAUUUCUCGCCUUAUUCGUCUCUCGUCUUCGUGCUCUGUUUUGCUCUUUCUUCUCAUCGGCACAACUUUUCUUCCUCCUCCUCUUCGUCUUCUUCUUCAGUAUCUGCUUCUCUUUUUCAUUGUUCUCUGUAUUUGUCACCUUGUUUUCUCGUUCUUUGUUUUUCGGACAAAAAAAAAAAAAAAAGAUGUCGAUCGAUUCUGCCAUUUCUAUUGCAUGGGAUGUUUUGAAGUACGUAGUUGCUCCCAUCAAGCGUGGAUUCGGAUACGUCAUGUCCUCCGAGAGCUACGCCAACAAUCUUCGGGAGGAAGUCGAGAAGCUAGAGUACGAGGCUGAGAGGCUCCACAAUGCCACGGAAGAGGCUAGAAACAAUCUUCAGAAUGUCUACAGCCGAGCCACAGAGUUGCAGGCAAGUUCUGAAAAGGCCUCGAAGGAGGCGCGAGACCUGUUGGGGGACUUCGAAAAGGCGACGAAGACUUGCUGCUAUGGGACUCUUCCCGACCCCAAUUGUCGCUAUCAGUUCAGCAGGAACGCCAAGCACAAGAUCGAAGACAUUCAGCGACUCGCUGGAAAUUGCAGGGAACUCCACAACAUCUCCUACAGCCGUCCACCUCCGGGGAAUGCCGCUGCACCGACUCCGGCCAGGAAAGAAGGCAAAGAUGUCAUCCGGUCGACCACCGCGGCAGCCUACGCAUAUUCUGCCUCAACUUCGAUUAAGCUUAGGUUCGACUCCAGAGCAUCUGUCAUACAGGAGAUCAUGGAUGCUCUUGCCAAUAACGGCAACAGCGUGGUUGGGGUUCACGGGAUGGGUGGGGUUGGCAAGUCCACCCUUUUGGCGGAUGCCGAGAAGAGAAUAAGGGAAAAAAAUUCGUUCGAUUGGGUCGCGAAGGCCGACGUGUCGCAAAAUCCAGACAUCAAGACGAUUCAAGAAGAGAUUGCGGACUGUUUGGGCCUUAGUGACAUUAAGAAGGAAGAGAAAGUCAAAUUGCGAGCGCAGCUUCUGCGCGAGAGGUUGGAAGAUGAGGAGAGACAGAAAAAGAAGGUCCUCAUAAUAUUGGACGACCUGUGGGAGCGGCUCGACUUGAAAUCAGUCGGCAUUCCUUGCGGACCUGACAACAAAGUUAUAGGAUGCAAGUUGUUGUUGACGGCGAGAGAACAACGUGUUUUGCGAAGGGAAAUGCUCUGUGACAUUGCCUUCCGCCUUGGUGGCCUGGAGGACGAAGAGGCAAAAAGACUGUUUGAGACAACGGUGGGAGGCAAAGUUCGAGUUGAGUUAGAGCCCUUGGUGGGGGAAGCACUCCGCAUAUGUGCAGGUUUGCCUUUCCUAAUUCUCGCGAUAGCAAGACUUUUUAUUGACACUAGUUACUCUGAAUGUGAAAAUGCUUUGAAACAAAUUUGGGACGAAGAAACCGGUGAGGUGAUUGAUAAGACAUUACGAGUAAGUUAUGAUCGUAUAAAAUGCGAGGAGGCAAAGUCAUUGUUACAACUUUGUGCUGUUUAUGGUGUCUCUAAGCCCUCUCUUGAAAAUUUGGUGAGGCAUGGCGUGGGUUUGGGGUUAUUUGGAGAAGAUAAUAGCAUGAAAUAUGCUAGAAAUAGGUUGAGCUCACUGAUUGAUACUCUUCAAGCCUCCUCCCUGUUGUUACACAGUGGAGAAGAUGAUGGUUUCAAAAUACAUGACUUGGUUCGUAUGUUUGUUGCCUCGAUCGUUUCAAGAGAUCACCCUCUUCUCGUGUUGAAAGAUGAGUCAGUUGCAGAGUUGCCGAAGGACAAGCUCAAAAGUUGUGGGGCGAUAUGCUUUCCCUACGUUGACUUGGAGCAACUUCCCGAAGAAUUAGAUUGCCCCAAUUUGCGAAUCUUUAUGUUGUUCACAAAUAAGAAUUCUCUUGAGGUCCCAUAUUCAUAUUUCAACUCUAUGAAAAAUCUCAUGGUCUUAAAUCUUACCGGGAUACGUCUCAGUCGUUCGCCUUCGCCGUUUCAAUUCUUGGAGAAGUUGCACACUCUAUGUCUUGAUUGUUGUUCGUUAGAGGAUGUGGCCAUUCUCGGCGAGCUAAAACAGAUACAAAUUCUCAGCAUUCGAUACUCCUACAUUGAUCGAUUGCCAAAAGAAAUAGGGCAACUAACGAAGCUGAGGCUGUUAGACUUGAAUUAUUGUUCACAACUUAGGACAAUUGAACCGGAUGUGCUUGGAAGCUUGGUGAAAUUAGAGGAGUUGUACAUGGAGGAUAGCUUUCACCGAUGGAAUGCUGUGGACCAAACUCCACCAACUAAUGCCAGUCUUAUAGAGUUGAAUAACAUGAAGAAUCUCUGCACUCUACAUGUAUCCAUUCCCAAUCCGAAUGUGCUCCCAAAGGAUCUAAACUUCCAGCGGUUAACCAAGUACAGAAUCCAAAUAGGUAUUGCGUGGAGCCGGCCGUGCAAAGGAUCAAGUACAUUGGCGCUCCGGUUGGAUCCAUUAAGCGAUGUUCUUCGGAAAGGAUGCAUCCAAAGUAUCUUAAGCAAGACUGAUGAUCUGCUUUUGGAGAAGUUGAAUGGAAGUGAGCAAAGUAUUUGCACAUUAUCCCCAAAAGGUUUUCCAGAAUUAAAGCAUCUACAGGUCAAGAAUAGUUCCUCCGUCCGUUACAUCCUCCAAUCGCCAUCCCAUACAAAUUUUAAGGCAUUGGAGUCGUUACUUCUCGAGAAUCUCAUCAACUUGGAGAAGAUAUGCCAUGGCCAAUUCUCCUCCAAGUUUUUCAGCACAUUAAAAGUAGUACGAGUCGAAAGUUGUGACAAGAUGGAAGUAUUGUUUCCUCUUUCAGUGGUGAGCGAACUUCAAGAGCUAGAAGAGAUCGAAGUUGUCAGCUGCAAGUUAAUGCGCGGGAUUGUAGAAGCUGAUGAUUGUGGCAAAGUGGAGUUGCCUAAUUUGCGUGUAUUGAAAUUACGUGACUUGCCAAAGAUCAAGAACUUUUUCAACGCCGGGUCAGCUCCUUCAAGUAGUACAUCAGACAACCAAGUUAGCACUCAAAUCGCAUUCUUCAAUGGGCAACAGGUUGCCUUGCCGAGAUUGGAGACAUUAGAAAUCACUCGAUUGGAUAAUCUCGGGUUUAUGUUUUCCCCAUCCACGGUUAAAUCUCUUGCACAACUAAAAAAACUAAGUGUACAAUAUUGCGAGAAGAUGGAGGCGAUCAUCACGGAGGAAGAAGGGUUGGGAAUGGAAACAUCAGAAACUUUGUUAUUCCCGAUGUUAACCGAUUUAAGCUUAGAAUGGUUGGAGAGUCUAACAUGCUUCUCUCGCGUAAAGUGUGAGAAUGGAUACACUUUGAUGUUCCCUCUCUUGGAAGAUGUCAUCGUGACCAGAUGUCUCAACAUGAAUUCCUUCUCUAAAGGACCAAUAGAGGCGCCAAAGCUAAAGAGAGUACGAGUAGCUAGAGAUGCAGCAGCAGCAUGGUCUUGGAAGGAAGACCUCAACAUCACCAUCCAAAAUAUGUUCGAAGAAAUGGGUAUGUUUGCUGGAGUAAAGAAAAUGCUGCUAUCUGAGCUCCCCGAUCUGAUUGGAAAAUGGCAUAGCGAACUUAAUCCCGGCAAGUCAUCUUGGCAAUUAGAAUCACUGGUGGUGGAUAAAUGUCCAUCAUUUAUUAAAGCAAUUCCAUCCAAAUUGAUGCUUGUUUUAGACAAUUUGAGCUUUUUGCAAGUGCGCGAUUGCGAGUCACUAGAAGAAAUACUCGAUUUAGAAGGGCUAGAGACUGUGGAAAGCACUCGGGUGCUGCCUCAGCUAUCGGAAUUGAACUUGGUCAAUCUACCAAAGUUGAGGCGACUAUGGAACAAAGAUCUUCAAGAAUUGUUGCGCUUCAAUUCUUUAUGUGAUCUCAAGCUUUAUAAUUGCAGCAACUUGGGACAUGCUUUCACUCCAUCAAUGACUCACUGCCUUGCCAAUCUACGGUGGAUUGAAAUAAAGGAGUGUGGUCAGAUGGAAGGAGUGAUCACAGACGGAGAAGGGCAGGGAAGCGCCGUGGAGAAGAUUACAUUCCCAAAUUUGAAAUGCUUGACGCUGGAAUGCUUGCCCAAUUUGACUAGUUUCCUCUUGGGAAAGAAUCAUACACUGGAAUGUCCCAAAUUGGAAGAGUUGACCAUUGCCCACUGCCCCAAGAUGAAAAGUUUGACUUGGCAAUCUAUGAUGGAGAUUGACCCCGGCACCCCUUCGCUUUUCACUCCACAGGUACAAUUUCCUCGACUUAAGUGGAUGGUUCUCUCCCACAUGGACAAUUUAAGCAAAAUAUGGACCGACGGUCCUCAAGAAACUCACACUUUUGACUAUUUAGGGAAAGUGGAGGUUCAAAAUUGUAGGAGCCUUGGAAAUUUGUUUCCGCAUUGGGUCGCUACAAGUCUUACCCAACUGAAGAAACUUCGAGUGGAGUGUUGUGGGAUCGAGGAAAUAGUCGCUAGUGGAGAUGACACUCCACACUCCAAUACUGCUCAAGUUCUUUUCCCGAAACUAACCUCUCUAGUGUUACACGAUAUGUCACGGCUCAAGAGCUACUGCCCUAAUUUGCCCACUUUGAAUUGGCCAUUCAUGGAGGAAUUGCGAGUGACGCACUGUGACAAACUGAACACGUUGUCCUUUGCAGCAUCCAUGAACAAUUGGGCUCAAAGAGAUGAUCAACAGGACCUUUCAUGCCAAGAAGCAAAGUCUUCAUUUGAGAGGGACUUUCCCUACUUAGAGAAACUUUUCUUAGUCGAUAAAGAUGUUCAAAUGAUGCGAAAUGGAAAACUUCCUGAUGAUAUCUUUGGCAAGCCUAAAGCACUAACAUUGGCAUGCUUUCAUGGUGAAAAGGCCGUCUUUCCUCCUAGAUUUCUCCUAGAGAGAUUUCAGAAUUUACAAAGCCUUGAGAUCUUUUGUUGCUCCUUUGAAGAUAUAUUCCUUGACGAAUGGCUUGUUGACGAGGGAAAACAUCCGCUGCUUGAAAAUCUAAGAGAACUUAAGUUAAGCAAGCUGCAUAACUUAAAACGUUUAUGGAGAGAAGACUACUUAAUGGAGAAAAUUCUUCGGAGUAUCAAAACAUUUGAGGUUUGGGAUUGUCCCUGUUUGACAACAUUAUUUCCAGCCAUGACAUCCUUCCACAAUUUGUGGAAGUUAGUGGUGAAGAAUUCCUCUGGAUUGGUACAUCUUGUAACAGCUUCAGUGAUCACAAAUUUAGUGCAUCUCAUUGAUAUGACUAUAAUAGGAUGUGAAAGAAUGAAAGAAGUAGUGGCAAACGAUGGUAAUGAAGAAGGAAAAGUGAUUUCUCUUGGGAAGCUAAAGGGUUUGACACUCCAAAAUCUGCCAAGCCUAGAAUGCUUCUCCUCUUCCACAAGUUGCAUCUUCACGUUCCCAUCCUUGGAAUAUAUUGAAGUGGAAGAGUGCCCGCAAAUGAAGAUUUUUUCCAAGGGUACGCUAGGCACGCCAAAUUUACAUUACGUGACACUAUUUGGAUACAAGUGGAAAUGGAACUGGGAGGAGCGUGAUCUCAAUACAACCAUACAAAAGUUAUCGGCAUGAACAAAUAUGCAAAUGGAUUUGGGAAGGGCAGGGCAGGGCAGGUGGUGAAUAUGAAGAGAGAGAGAGAGAGAGAAGAGUUAAAUGGGAGCCCCCCCGUGGGAGCUGAUGGGGCUCGUCGAUCUCGCCUCCGUCACUGAAGCGCUUAUCCAAAAAGACGAAAGGGAUUUUGUCUCGCGCGAGAAGCUGAACAGUGCGCCCUCCCACCAUUCCCUGAAGAUCAUCCACGGUUUCUGGUCAUCGUUGUCGUCGUCGCC